AUGGUGGAGGACGGCGGCGAGGAGGAGGCGGAGGGAGAGAGCGGGGAGGUGCCGGCGGCGCCGCUGCAGCAGCAGCAGCAGCAGCAGCAGCGCUGCAAUGGCUUCCUGCCCGGCAAGGAGGCGGCGGGCGGCGGGCAGCGGGCGGCCCCGGCGGCCGAGGAGAUGCUGGCGGCGGGCGGCGAGCGGCGGGAGGCGCGGCUGGAGACGCGGCUGUCGCGGCGGCGGCUGGCGGUGCUGGCCGUGUUCAGCUGCUACUCGCUGGUGAACGCCUUCCAGUGGAUCCAGUACAGCAUCCUCAGCAACGUCUUCGCCGGCUUCUACGGCGUCUCCUUCACUCAGAUCGACUGGCUGUCCAUGGUGUACAUGGUGGCCUACGUGCCGCUGAUCCUGCCGGCCACCUGGCUGCUGGAUGCCCGCGGGCUGCGGCUCACGGCGCUGCUGGGCGCGGGGCUCAACGCGCUGGGCGCCUGGCUCAAGUGCGGCAGCCUGGCCCCGCAGCGCUACCCGCUCACGCUGGCCGCCCAGGCCGUGUGCGCCGUGGCCCAGGUCUUCAUCCUGGGGCUGCCCUCCCGCAUCGCCUCCGUCUGGUUCGGCCCCACCGAGGUCUCCACCGCCUGCGCCGUGGCUGUGCUGGGCAACCAGCUUGGUACUGCAAUUGGCUUCUUGUUGCCACCUGUUUUGGUCCCAAAUACGCCGAAUGAUAUUGAUCUUAUGGCACACAACAUCAGCAUCAUGUUCUACGGAACAGCGAUAGUGUCCACACUUCUGUUCUUCUUAGCAGGAGUUGUGUUUGAAGAAAAGCCCAAAUACCCUCCCAGUCACUCUCAAGCAGUCCUGCAAACUAAACCUCCUGAGGAUUACUCCUACAAACAGUCCAUUAUUAACUUGUUCAGAAAUAUUCCAUUUAUACUUUUGCUAAUCAGUUAUGGUAUUAUGACUGGGGCAUUUUACUCUGUCUCCACAUUAUUAAACCAGAUGAUAGUAACUCAUUAUGAGGGAGAAGAAGUGAACGCUGGGAGAAUUGGCUUGACACUGGUGGUGGCAGGAAUGGUGGGUUCGAUUAUUUGUGGUUUGUGGCUGGAUUACACUAAAACAUACAAGCAAACUACUUUGAUUGUUUACAUUCUCUCUUUCAUUGGGUUGCUGGUAUUUACCUUCACCCUGGACCUCGGAUACCUUAUAGUGGUGUUUGUGACUGGAGGAGUGCUUGGGUUCUUCAUGACUGGCUAUCUUCCACUUGGGUUUGAAUUUGCUGUGGAAAUUACAUAUCCAGAGUCUGAAGGCACUUCCUCAGGUCUCCUUAAUGCAUCAGCACAGAUAUUUGGAAUUAUCUUUACACUUGUUCAAGGAAAGCUCACAACAGACUACAGUCCUCGUGCAGGAAACAUCUUUCUUUGUGCUUGGAUUUUUGUGGGCAUUAUUUUAACAGCCUUAAUAAAAUCAGAUUUGCGAAGACACAAUGUGAAUUCAGGGAUUAUGAACUUGGACGUUAAAGCUGUACCAGUUGACAGUCCUGUAGAACCUGAAAGCACUACAUUAAAGAUUCAGUCAGCUUUAUGAAGCUGAAGGAAGGUGACUCAGAAAUGCACAAGUUUGGUUAGAUAUGGAAUGAUAUGAGCUAGUGUAAUCACUGGAUUUGUGUGUAUGAGUAGUGACAUGUGUUUGUUGAUAUUGGUGGUAGUUGUGUACUGGAAGAUGCUCAGUUCAUUUUGCUCAAGAUGCAAAGAAUUCACCUUUGUAUGGAAUAUUUAUUUUAACAUUUUCAAGUCUUGCAGUUUCAUUAGUAAAGAACUGUGUGAACACUCUCCACAAUAGGGAGAUGUGCAUUCAGGAUGCAUACUUGAAAAAAAUCAGGAGUCUUGAAACACAGUUGAUCAGAAGUAUCUAAUCUUCUUUUCUUGUUCAGUCUUGCUGGUGCAUUUGAAAAGUCAUAGAGUAGGGAAAUGCACAGCAGGAGGAUGUUCACGAGUUCAUUUUUUAUUUUAAAUCUAUCUGUAUUUGAAUAUAAGCCAAUGAUUCCUUCUGGGAAAGUGAUAGCACAAUACUGAAAACGAGAGAUGACGUGUGUGUUUCAUACUGGCACCUGACAUUCCUUUUGCCUUGAAACUUCUUUAUAGGUAUCAAAAGGCAGAUAAGAGAAAACACUGUUUUUGCUAUAGCUUCAUUGUAGCAUUUCUGGGGAGAUUCAAAAAGUUUCUCACUAGAUAAAUUGGAGAAAAAACAUUUCUUAUUAAAUACAGUAAAAAGGAGGACAAAGGCCUUUGAUAUCUCUGUUAUGAAAUAUUUAUAAGCAA